AUGUUCUUUCCCAAAACACUUCUGCUGGCUUCGGUCAGCCUCUCUCUUUUCCUCGCCACCACCACCUUUGCUUCGCCCGUGAAGCUCGAUGCUUCCGAGCGGUUUGACUCUGCGCCCGGCAACCAUGGAGCCGCUGUCGAGCGCGUCGAGGUUGUUUCACCUGGGCUCCGCGAUUCGGAUCCAUUUGUUGUGAAUCCUCCUAGACUGACUCGCCGUCAAGAAGUCUACGACGAAGUUCGGGGACACAGAUCUGCUGGUAGUUCGCACCAAGACAGGAAGCGUAGCCAGCCGCAUUUCAACGAUCAGGGCGACAUUCCACCUGGAGGCGGCAGUCUGCCUCAGGGUCACGGUCUUCCUGAAAGCGACAAUCCACCCGAGGGCCAUGGUCCACCUGGUCCUUGGAUGAAGCGCAGUCUCGCUGAACAGGAGCAAUCUGUUGCAGCUGCUUCGUAUGCUCAUCAACUUUCGCACCCGGCUGUGGCCGAUCUGCAAGAACGAGACGCCGAAUCCGAUGAAGAUGAGUUUUUUGGUGAUGAAUUCGACGAGGCAGGUCGCGAUCCUGGGCUCGAGAAGCGCGACGUCGAAGACAACGAUGUCAAUAUGCCUAUCUUCUGGGAAACUGCUCCCGAGCCCAAGGUGCCGAAGCAUCCGUAUCGCACACCUCGUUCGGUCGAGCUGCAGGAGAAACGUGAUGUCAAGGACGACAGUUCAGACGAACCUGGACCUGGUGGCGCUCCUGGUUGGAAUGGCAAUCCUGCCCCCAACCCUGUCUUUCCGAAGCCUCCCAAGCAUCCGCACCGCCCACCUGACUCGGUCGCCCUGUACGAACGAAAUGGGGACUUCGAUCCUCCUUACGCUCGUUUCACCCCUCAAGACCGAACAGCGCAGCCUGCAGCCCAAAUUGAACGUCGCGAUUCUAAACAAGAGCGAGAUAUCGAAUCCGAAGCUUUCCAUUGGUCUUGGGCUCCUCGGGGCGACAAAGGUACUCCGCUGUAUCACGGAGCUGAACCUCGACCUCAUAUUGGUCCUCACAAAAACAGUCUGGAGAGUCGCGAUUCCGAAUCCGUCCUGUCCGACGUCGACGAGGACGAAGACGAGGAACGUGAUUGGAUAGUCCACGAGCCUUCUCACGAAGCUCGCGAAGGUCGUCGUGACGGACCAAAUCUGGCUCGUCGAUAUCGUCCUUCUGGUGGAUAUGUUCCUCCUGAAGGAAGAACGGACGAACAACCGCCGACUUCUGGGACGCACGGCACCAGUGAUGCUGACGGACCACCUCUGGCUCGUCGAGCUUACUUUCCGGGUCCAGGGAAUGAACCUUGGGCAUCCACCGGGCAAUCUGGAGGUUCAGGGAGUAGCCGAAGCGGGGACGGUGGCCCUUCCCGUCGAAGCCUCGUCGACGAGAACGGUGUUCGCUUCGUCGGCGCAAAGCGAUCCGAGCAACAGUCUGUCAAUGACGCCCACCUCGAUUCGGUUCCCCAUUCCCCUUACAUUCCUCGUCCUCCUCCGGACGAUGACGGUUCUGGUUGGGACAAUGGCGGACCGAAGCCUUGGUGGGACCAUUACAGUCACGGUGGUCGAUCCGCGCCUCCAGGUCAGGCCAACGAACACGGCGUUCGCUACGUUGGCGCCAAGCGUUCCGAGCCCGAGUCGGUCAGCGGCGUUGUUCUCGACUCGGUUUCCGAUGCAAAGUAUUCUCACCUCCCUGAUCCGGAUCCUAUCAAUGGUGGUACUGGUUGGAACGGUGGACCAGUUCCUUGGGGCAGAGGCGGUAGGAGACCCCCGGCAGAACAUGUUAACGAGAACGCCGUUCGCUUCACUGGUUCCAAGCGUUCCGUGGAGACUGAAGAGGUGGUCGGCGAAAGACACAUCGGCAAGCGUUCUUCUCUUCCUGGCGACGACGGCGGUGUCCUUGAAGACGUCUCCGAUCAGAGUCAAAGGUCCGGAGCUUCAAAAGUAUCGGAUCCAUACAACAGAGGCUGUACGAAGUGGAAUGGCUGUAAUGGUAGACCUCAUCAGGUGAAGUUCGCCAAGCGAGACAACGUCAAUCACGAAGGAGAUCAAACUCCUCCCGCCCAUCAAGACCCUGCACAGCCGCACACGGACCCUGUCGCGGGAGAGCUCAAGCAGAACCCUCAGCAAUUCCAAACCGCCCUCGUUGAUUCCUCGAACCCAUCUUAUACCUCGCUCAUCAGCCCUGCGAUCUACAUCACGUCAUCUCUGGAGCACCAGCCCACUUCCGCGCUCGGCUUCUACGGGAUCUGUCGUUGCGAUCGUUUCCCCGACGACGGCAAGCUGGAUGGCCAAUCUUCGAGCACUGUUGGGUCGUGCGUUAGCAGGUUCGUCGAGAUCGCUUCCAAGACGGCCAAGUGUAAGUUUUCAACGAUCGCCGAGGUCGACUGCGUCGAGGUAGGUGGUAAGGAUCAGAUGACGGAUGGCGAUAAUUUUUGGUGGCAGGAGGCGUUUUGCAAGAGGUGCGUGGAUGCGGGUGGUGUGAGCGAUGCUAGCUUCAAGUGUCCGUCGGGGUAUGCGAGCGACGGUAAGGUGAUUGCGAGUGAUGGAGACGAUUCGGCAGGGAUGGGUCAGAGGAAUGUGGGCGAAGUCGAGUCCGAGAAACGAAGCUCGGAGAAACGAAGCGGUCUUGUUCCUGGGAGUGAUCAGGUGGCCGGCCAAUCUCGUACUGACCCCGAGCAGGAUGCAGGUGCUCAACAGUAG